AUUCUCCAUUAUUGAAACCUUGGUGUUGAAAGCAACAAACCUAAGCCUUCUGCAUCAAUGGAGUCGCCAAAAGAGCCUGUCAUCUUUGGGAGAUCUCUCAUAGUUCCAAGUGUUCAAGAACUUGCCAAAGAACCCCUCUCCAAAAUCCCACAUAGAUACCAUCGUCCUCAUCAAGAAUCUCCCUCCAUCCCUUCCGAUUAUCACCUUCCAUCUGUCCCCAUCAUCGAUUUUCAGAAACUGGCUGCCGACGAUUUCAUCGGCUCCGAACUCGAAAGAUUACACUCAGCUUGCAAGGACUGGGGAUUCUUCCAGGUAGUGAAUCAUGGUGUUAGUUUGAAAUUAUUGGAUGAGUUCAAGUUGGAGAUUGAAAAUUUCUUCAAACUACCCCAUGAAGAUAAGAAGCUUCUUUGGCAAACACCAGAUGAUCAUGAAGGGUUUGGUCAAUUGUUUGUGGUUUCAGAAGAUCAGAAGCUAGAUUGGUCUGAUAUGUUCUAUAUAACCACGUUACCACUCGAUCUUCGUAAGGUUGACCUAUUCGAAAAACUCCCCCUUAAGCUAAGAGAGAUCAUGGAAGUAUAUUGUACUGAAGCUCCUAGUUAA